AUGGCUGUCUACAAGAUAAACGAGGAGGCUUUCUUGGCUGUUAUGUGGAUUUGUGCUGGCAUACAAUCCUUGUUCGUCCUCACUAGAUUCAUCCUCCGGCUCAAGAUUGACCGUCGCUGGGUGCCAGAAGACAUACUGGUCUUGGUCGCUUGGAUUCUCUCACUUUCAAACACCUGUCUUUGGACGGUCGUACAUGGGCAGCUGUAUUUUGCUAUAAAGCUAUCCAAGGGUCAAAUCCAACUUACACAAUUGCCAGAAAAUAUAGCCUGGGUGAUGACUAGAUACCUACGCUCCCAGCUGGCAGGCUACUAUCUUUCAUAUUUUAGCCUGUGGUGCAUCAAGCUCUCCUUCAUAUUCUUCUUUCAGAAGCUCGGAAAUAAGUACAGGCUGCAGCGGAUCCUCUGGUGGUCGGUCCUGGUGCUCGUGAUACUCUCCCUGGGCGGCUGUCUCGGAAUGUUGGAUUACGCCUGUGAAUUGACCUCGUUUGAACAUAUGACCGACCACUCACUCCGAUUGAAGCGAACUGUCAAAGCCCACACUCAUCUAUGGAGAACACGGAUAUCCGGAUGGCGGAAAGUCGCCUUGGUCGGAAUCAGUCUUUUGACAGUGUUUAUUAUCAUCAUUGCCCUUGUACGCAUGCUCCUGGGCCAAUCUGGCACUGGCAUAGCAGACCCGGCCUGGCUGAUUGCCUGGAACGCUAUUGAGAUUCUUGUCGCCAUCAUUGUCGCCUGCCUUGCCGCCUUCUGGACACUGUAUACUAAAUCAAAACAGCAAAAGGAACAUUUUAAACCAAACCCGUUCAGCUAUAGGUCAGAUAAUACGUCCAUAGAAGCGCCGAUCAUGCUGCAGGAUUUUGAUGCCACGAAGGACACUACGCAGUCAUUCGGUAUUCACCGGGUCCUGGAUGCGCCGAAAGGCUUCCGGUUCCAGAGGAGGGAGGUUCUUUAA